AAAUACAAGCCCUUGAAUGAGAAGAUGUUUCCAAACUUUUGACUGCUAGUGUACAUUUCAAAUCUCAUUUUUAGCGCGGAGACAAACGUGACCGUCAGGAAGACAAAAAACUACAAAGACCAGAACACCCUCACACCAGCACUUCCGCUUCACGGUUACCAGGGGAGACCGAAGGAAGCUACAGCUUUCUGCCAUGGACGUUGGAUUUGUUUCACCCUUUCUGAUACAUCCUUUAAGUUAUUAACAUUAAAAUGAGUCUUAAUCUUAUUGUAUUUAGCUAAAUUAAAGGAUAACUCGGUAACUUUGUGUCUAGGUGUCGUGCUGCGUUAGCUAGGUGAUCUAAGCUAACGCUCCUAGCUAAAGAUGAACUCAGGAGUCGAGGCCUCAUGAUGUUUACACUUAACUCUCUUCACCUGUUACACUAGCUUCUCUUAUAGUGUAAACCAGCCUGACUCCACCCUAAGCAGCUCGUUUCGGAUGUGUUGAAGUUCAUUUAGUUAUCAACAUGUUUAUCUACCUCAGUAAAAAGAUUGCUAUACCCAACAAUAUCCACCUUAAAUGUGUCUCCUGGAACAAAGAUCAAGGCUUCAUUGCCUGUGGAGGAGACGAUGGCCUCCUCAGAGUGCUCAAGCUCGAAACUCAGACAGAUGAUGCCAAAAUUAAAGGCCUUGCAGCACCCAGUAACCUCUCAAUGAACCAGACUUUAGAGGGACACAGUGGUGCAGUUCAGGUGGUCACAUGGAAUGAACAGCAUGAGAAACUGACGACUAGUGACCAGAAUGGACUCAUCAUUGUGUGGAUGCUCUAUAAAGGCGCAUGGUACGAGGAGAUGAUCAACAACCGGAACAAGUCCGUGGUGAGGAGCAUGAGCUGGAACGCUGACGGUCAGAAGAUCUGCAUCGUGUAUGAAGAUGGAGCAGUCAUUGUCGGAUCUGUUGACGGAAACCGGAUUUGGGGAAAGGAGCUAAAGGGGAAUCAGCUCGCUCAUGUGGCGUGGUCCCCAGACAGCAAGAUCCUCCUCUUCGGCAUGGCAAACGGGGAAGUCCAAAUCUAUGACAAUCAAGGCAACUUCAUAAUGAAAAUGUCCAUCAGCUGUCUCACCAAUGCGACCGGAGCCGUCAGCAUUGCUGGUAUCCACUGGUAUGCAGGGAGCGGUGGUUACGUUGAACCAGACUGCCCGUGUCUUGCUAUCUGUUUUGACAAUGGGAGAUGUCAGAUCAUGCGCUAUGAGAACGAUGAAAUCCCAGUGUGUAUCGACACCCUGAUGAAUGUGGUCAGCAUCCAGUGGAAUCAUUGUGGCAGCGUUCUGGCGGUGGCCGGCUCUCUCCGAGCUUUGAAUGUGGACAAAGAAUUUAAUGUUGUGCAGUUCUACACACCUUUUGGAGAGCAUUUGAGAACUCUUAAAGUUCCCGGGAAGCAGAUGACCGGAGUUGCCUGGGAGGGAGGAGGUCUACGCAUUAGUCUGGCUGUAGACUCCUACAUCUACUUUGCCAACAUAAGACCAGACUACAAGUGGGGCUAUUGCUGCAGCACUGUGGUGUACGCAUACACAAAACCAGAGCGGCAGGAGUACUGCGUGGUAUUCUGGGACACCAAAAACAAUGAGAAGUUUGUCAAAUACGUCAAGAGCUUGAUGUCCAUCACAACCUCGGGGGAUUUCUGCAUCUUAGCCAGUAAAGCAGACGACACCCAUCCUCAGGAGGAUGCUGAGGUAGAGGCUGGGAAUCCUGCAAGGUUUGUCCUGAUUCUGUGCAACUCCAUCGGGACUCCACUGGACUCCAAAUACAUCGACAUAGAUCCUCUGUUCGUCACCAUGACCAAAACACAUGUGAUCGCUGCAUCCAAAGAGGCUUUCUACCUGUGGCAGUACAGAGUGGAAAAGAAGCUGACUGCCCUGGAAAUCAACCAAGUGACCAGAACUAAAAGGGAGGGAAGAGAGAGGGUUUAUCACAUUGACAGCAACCCCUCUGGAGCCAGGGACAGCGGUCCAGAUUUUGCAAAGGCCUUCACAGCAACUCGAGAUCCAAUUUGUUGCAUCACAGCGACAGAUAAGACCCUGAUUGUGGGCCGUGAGUCUGGCACGAUCCACAGAUACAGCCUCCCAAAUGUGGUUCUCAUUAAUAAAUACAGUCUGAACAACAGAGCCUACUAUCUGUCCCUGAACUGCAACUCCAGUCGUCUCGCCUUAAUCGACAUCGCAGGCGUCCUGACUUUGUUGGACCUGGAGGUUCGCUCCUCCACCGACGACAUCACAGGAAGCCAGGCGUCUGCAGGCGAUCCAUCCAAGUUUGAGCGCAAGGAUGUUUGGGACAUGAAGUGGGCGAAUGAUAAUCCGGAUCUGUUCGCCAUGAUGGAGAAGACCAGGAUGUAUGUUUUCAGGAACCUGGACCCAGAGGAACCGAUCCAAACUUCUGGAUACAUCUGCCACUUUGAAGACCUGGAGAUCAAAUCUGUGCUGCUUGAUGAAAUCAUGAAGGAUCCAGAGAGGCCGAAUAAAGACAACCUCAUCAACUUUGAAAUCCGCUCCCUCAGAGACAGCCGUGCUUUGAUUGAAAAAGUGGGGAUUGAAGACGCCUCGCAAUUCAUCGAAGACAACCCACACCCACGACUCUGGCGUCUUCUGGCUGAGGCUGCCCUCCAAAAACUGGACCUGAAAACAGCUGAGGAGGCCUUUGUCCGCUGCAGAGACUACCCGGGCAUCCAAUUUGUCAAGCGUCUGGGAAACCUGCAGAGCGAGCCCAUGAAACAGGCGGAGGUGGCUGCUUACUUCAGCAGCUUUGAAGAAGCUGAGCGGAUGUACCUGGAUAUGGAUCGCAGGGACCUUGCCAUCAGCCUCAGGAUGAAACUGGGAGACUGGUUCAGGGUGCUCCAGCUGCUUAAAACUGGCUCUGGGGACUGUGAUGAUGCUCUGAUGGAACAGGCGUACAAUGGAAUCGGAGACUACUUUGCUGACAGACAGAAGUGGGUGAAUGCAGUGCAGUACUACCGUCAGGGUCGUAACCAGGAGAGACUGGCAGAGUGUUAUUACAAGCUCGAGGACUACUGUGGCCUUGAAGAGCUGACCACUGUCCUGCCAGAGAAUCACAAACUCUGUCCGGAGAUCGGCCAGAUGUUUGCCACCGUGGGCAUGUGUGAGCAGGCCGUGAACGCCUACCUCAAGUGUAACCAGCCCAAAGCUGCCGUUGACACCUGUGUCCAUCUGAACCAGUGGAACAAAGCCGUGGAACUCGCCAGGACUCACAACAUGAAGGAGAUCAAAUCUCUCCUAUCCAAAUAUGCGUCACAACUUCUGGAGAAGGACAAAAUCUUUGAGGCGGUUGAACUGUAUCGCAAAGCUCACCACUUUCUUGAUGCAGCCAAACUCAUGUUUAAGAUAAGUGAUGCGGAGGCGAAGAAAAGGACCCGACCGCUGCGGGUGAAGAAGCUCUACGUGCUCGCAGCACUUCUUGUCGAAGAUUACCACAAGCAGAUGAAGACGUCACAGCAGAGCAAAGCAAAGGGGAAGUCUGAGGCAACAUCUGCCCUCGCUGGGCUGCUCGAAGAAGAUGCAACAUCUUCAGACAACCGUUUUGUUGACAACGCCUGGCGUGGAGCUGAAGCGUAUCACUUCUUCCUGCUCGCUCAGAGACAUCUUUAUGAAGGCAACAUGGAGAGGGCAAUGCGCACAGCCCUUCACCUGCGGGAGUAUGAAGACAUCAUCCCAGUGGUGGAGAUCUACUCCCUUCUCGCCAUUUCCUCCACCACAAACCGGGCCUUUGGCACGUGCUCUCAGGCCUUCAUCAAGCUGGAGUCCUUGGAGAGUCUGGACCCUGAUCAGAAGCAGCUUUAUGAAGAUCUUGCUCUGGAGAUCUUUACCAAGUACACCCCAAAGGACACCCGCCCGCUGGAGCAGGACCGGUCAACAGAGGGGUCUGACGGGAAACUCCCCACAUGCAUCGUGACGGGUCUGCAGAUCAAGGAGCACCAGUUCUGGAUGUGCAGUGUGUGUAAACACUGUGCUCUAGAGCAGGAGAUCAGCAAAUACAACUUCUGUCCUCUGUGUCAUUCUCAGAUAGCGUGAAGCAUUAUUGAAUGCAAAUGAGGGAACACCACAUUUCUAAGAAUUGUAAAGCACUUGAGCUUCUAUAUGAUUAUGUUUAGUUAAUGAAAUAAGGUUCAAUAUCAUUUAAUAGUUUAUUUGAUUUCUUUUAGCUUGAAUGUUGUAAAGUAUAUAAAUAAAUGUAAAUGCUUUUUUCACUAUUGUAUAUGGAAGUAAACUUUGAAUAAGAUUUGUAAUAAAUACAACAAUUUGAAACAUG